UGACUUGCGCUAAGGUAGUUCUAAUAACUAUCAACAAAAAGUGAGGUUAUGUUUAUGUGUACAGAUUCGAAUAGUUAAAAUAAUGCCGUUACCUGUUGCUUAUAGUCCUAAUUACUUUUCUAUAGACGAUAUAUUAGCAACACAAGAGAGAACACCAUGCAAAUUUUUGGUGGACGUACCCAAAAUGGGAGCUUUGAAUCCGUCUGCUGAAGAGAAAAAUCUAAAGGCGGGGACAAAUCUGGAACUUCCUAUGUGGCUAGUAAUGGAAAUAUCCCUUGGUCGACAGCCAGUUGUUCAUCCCGAGUUACCAAAAAUCUACAAGGAAGCUUACAGAGAGAUCCUAAAGGCUGACGCCACGGCAGUCGAUUUACAGAAAUUUAGUUUAUACUUUUACGAACUGGGAUCACACGCUAAGGCGUUUGAUUCAAGGGGAGAUGUUCAAGAUAUUUUGGUACAUACAUUUAAAACGAGAUUUCGACAAUUAAUGGAUUUAGCAGACAACUCUGUGUCUGAUCCUUCUGUUCAACAUAAAUUGGAUUUGUUAGAACGGAAGCUAUUUAAGGAUGGUCACACAGCAAGAGCCAAACUGAAUGAAUGGCUUUUUGAAUCCAUAUCUUCUCUAGAAGCUCCCUGUAUGGUUACCAAUCAUAAAAAGAGAAAACGUGUUGACGUCGAAGAUUUAUUGAAGUAAAUUAAUUCAAUUAGUUUAAGUAAGUUAGUUAAUAGCAUACUUCCUGUAAUAAUAAAAAAACGUCCAUAAAUUAAAAACAUAGGAUUUAAACUAUUGGGUACUGUUAAUUUAUUAAACUAUAAUUUAUUAAAAAAUUGUAAGAUAAUUAAAUUCUGUUAAAUGACAAUAAAUGGGGAUUAGAAAUAAAAUACGAAUUAACAGUUUUAAAUAAUUAUAUGUACUAAAGAAAUAAAGAUAAUAUUGCCAC